UUACCCAACGUGAUUAGUGGAACUGGACCUGGAAAGUAACCUAUCACGUGCUAGAAACUGCUGCAGAGGCUUUGAACAGAAUGCUUGCUUAGAGGACAGCUGGUGUGUGUCCUCUAAGCCAGAAUCAACUUUGCCUGUUUCUAAUCAAAUAAUGGAGCAGACAAUUUACAAAUUCUGACUUCAGUUCGCAGUUCCUGGGAGGUUGUGUCUGGACUGAGCCUAGCUGAGGACUGAUUCAUUUUGACUGGAGUUCUUUCAAGUGGGAAGAAUGGGGGAGAUUCACAGCUUCGUCCUGGUCACCAUUGCCCUGAUAAUGGGCAGGGAAACCUGGGCCCUCGAGAAUGCCAACUGUUUGCAGGAGCAGGAAAGGCUCAGAGCUCAGGUCUACCAACUUGAGACUCGGGUUAAACAACUACAGACCGUGAUCAAACAGCUCGUGCAUGAGAAGGAAGUCCAGUUCCUGGAUGAAGGACAGAAGGACAAUUUCAUUGACCUUGGAGGCAAGAGGCAAUAUGCAGAUUGCUCAGAGAUUUACAACGAUGGGUUUAAGCAGAGUGGAUUUUACAAAAUCAAGCCUCUCCAGAGCCAGGCAGGAUUCUCUGUUUAUUGUGAUAUGUCCGAUGGAGGAGGGUGGACUGUAAUUCAGAGACGGUCUGACGGCAGCGAGAACUUUAGCAGGGGUUGGAAUGACUAUGAGAAUGGCUUUGGAAACUUUGUCCAGAACAAUGGUGAAUAUUGGCUGGGUAACAAAAACCUUAACCUACUGACUAUGCAAGGAGACUAUACUUUAAAAAUUGACCUGACAGAUUUUGAGAAAAAUAGUCGCUUUGCACAAUACAAACAUUUUAAAGUUGGCGAUAAAAAGUCCUCUUAUGAGUUGAACGUUGGAGAAUAUUCUGGAACAGCUGGGGACUCCCUUUCAGGGACUUUUCACCCUGAAGUGCAAUGGUGGGCCAGUCACAAAAGAAUGAAGUUCAGCACGUGGGACAGAGAUCACGACAACUACGAAGGGAACUGUGCGGAGGAGGAGCAGUCAGGCUGGUGGUUUAACAGGUGUCACUCUGCAAACCUGAAUGGUGUGUACUAUCAGGGCCCCUACACAGCAGAAACGGACAAUGGGGUUGUCUGGUACACCUGGCAUGGGUGGUGGUAUUCCUUGAAGUCGGUGGUUAUGAAGAUUAGGCCAAAUGACUUUAUUCCAAAUAUCAUUUAGUUGUUCCCAUAUAGGCUCUUCUUUCUGCAAUUCAUCUUGUUUCGAAAGAGAUGAGAAAUACAAUCCUGAAUAAAUAUAUGCAUGGUGAUGGCAA